UUUGUAUUAAAAGAGGAGAAAAAUGACCAUUUUCCAUGGUCAUAGGAGAUUGCUAGGAGAGCAGGCUCAGCUCAUCAAUGGAAGCUUUGACCAUAGAUUUGGAAUACUUUGAAAUCUCCGAAAUACCCUCUCCUCUUCCUCUAAAUUUAUUUUCUCUCUUUUUUUGACAUAAAACACAUUCAUUUCUCUCUCCUUCUUCUUCUUCUUCUUCUUCUUCAAGUUGGUGUCUUUAGCCCAACACAAGAUUGACCCAGAUCAGCUUCGAACACAUACUCAGUUUUUCAGAAUCUUUGUAAAAUUUGUCAAGACCAACCAUACAGACGGGUUUUGAAGUGGGCUAUUGGUUUCUGAAAAUUCAACUGAGGAUUUCUGAAAAAAUUAGAUUGGCAGUUUGGUGAGUUUAAGGAGAUGGCUGCAGUACAAAAUCAGUUGGAGAUCAAGUUUAGAUUGACUGAUGGAUCUGAUAUUGGUCCCAAAGCCUUUCCUGCUGUUACAAGUGUUGCAACCUUGAAAGAGAGUAUUCUUGCUCAGUGGCCUAAAGAAAUAGAGAAUGGACCAAAGACAGUGAAAGAUGUCAAGUUAAUAAGUGCAGGGAAAGUAUUGGAUAACAGUAGAACAGUAGGAGACUGCCGGAGCCCCUUGUGUGAUAUUCCCGGCGGUGUUACAACCAUGCACGUUGUAGUCCAACCGGCUACCUCUGAUAAAGAAAAGAAAUCAGCAAACAAACCGCAGCAGAACAAAUGUGUUUGUGUUAUAUUAUAAUUACAGCUCCUCGAACAGAGAUGACGUUGAGGUGAAUUUAGUUACUUGAUAUUUGAAUCAUCACCAGUAGAAGAGAUAACAGAGCUUGUGAAUUCUUAUGAGAGGCUAGAACAUCAUGCGUGCUUAUCGUCGAUAGGUCAUCAUCCGGUGCAGGUCUUAGCCUCUGUUAUACAAUUGUGCUUCAAUCCAUUUUGGUAUUACCUUAUUUAUUAUCAACUGUCAAAUUUGGUUCAACUCUCCCUGUAUGCAACUAGAUCAAAAAUUUAUAUGUCGAAAAUUUCUUAUAGGUGCAUUUCGUAUUUUUUCGUGUUAAA